AUGGGCCGUGCUUUUACCUUCCAGACGGCCUCGCAGUGCCGGUUGAAUGCGUUUGAACCAUGGCAGCGAAGACUCAGUCCCAUCUCCCAUGUUGCUGCAUUCGACUUUGGUACCACGUACAGUGGCUAUGCGUUUUCCUUUCGAGAUGACCCGCUAAAAGUGCAGACCAACCAGAUUUGGUAUUCCGAAGGAAAGUUCGUUUCUCUUAAGACCCCGACAAGCGUGCUUUUAAACCCAGAGGGCGAGUUUGACUCUUUUGGUUUUAACCGCUAUGCAAGUAAAGCGGAAGAUGACGAACACGAAGGAUGGAGAUUGUUCCGGCGUUUUAAGAUGGUUUUACACAACAAUAAGGAGCUUUCCAGAGCCACAACUGUGGAGGAUAUUGAAGGCAACUCUCAUCAAGCUCUACCAAUCUUCUCCAUGGCGAUCAAGUUCCUACAAAAGCAUCUCCUUCAGGCGGUAGCAAACCAGACGGUGGGUGUGCUUGAGAAGGACAUUUCCUACGUCAUCACGGUGCCCGCUAUCUGGGAUGACAAUGCCAAGGAGUUCAUUAGAGCGGCUAUCGAAGAGGUAUGGAAUCUAAAUCACGCUGUGACAGCAUAUAUCGCCGUGUAUAAAUCUCACACGUCCACUUGA